AGAGAGCAAAAAAACUUUCUUAGACUCACUCUAAAUCCGAGAAUGCAGAAGAUUAUUUUAUUAUUUUUCGUAGUUAAUUAUGUUUCUGGUCAACAAUCGGCAAUGAUGAGCUGUUGUAAAUGUAAAUAUAUUUGUAAUUGUGAUAUGAACUUUCUAUUCUUGCCAUUGAAAUUUUUUUAAAAUGUAAACGAAACAGAUUGCCGAUCAGAACCAAACGAUUGGAUCACACUGUCUGGAACCUUUCAACUGAGUGCAGAGAGGUUGACUUUUCAUUUUCAUUGUCAGGCUAAGUAAUGACAUAAUUGUAAUAUAAAGUGAAAAGACGAAAAUGAAUAGCCCGCCAGCUUUUAUGGUUGGAGACGAAGAGGAGGCUCUCUUCACGCAGAAUGGCAAAGAAUAUUCUUUGAUUUAUUCUGGUGCACCGCUGAAAUUAACUUCUGAAGAUUUGUCGAAUCCUGAAACCGUAAAAAAAUCCCAAUUCAUGCAGUACGAUUUGGCUACUCCUAAAACAGUUGGAGGGUUACUAAGUCAAGGUGGCUUCUUUGAAGAGAAACUCAACGGUUUAUUUCCAAGAAAGGAAACUUGGGUGACGGAAUUUGCUGUAUCGUAUUCAAAUGACUCGAAAACGUUUCAUUUUUACACUGACAGCUCUGGACAACCGGAGAUUUUCAAAGGUGGAAAAAACUAUGAUGAUAGCUCGAUGGCAUCAUUCUCCCCAUUUAUAAAUGCUCGUUUUAUUCGUUAUCACCCUUUAAAGGCUCAGCAAGCUGCCGGAGCUGUCAAACAAAACUCAACGUAUAAAUUGUUUACUUUCGGAGUGGUCGCAAUGGACAAGUUGUACUUGCAGUGUCGCCAAAGAACAAGAAUAACUCGAAGAGUUCAAGCUUGUGGUGGGUCAAGAUGCGAAAGUCUCUUUGAAAAAGAAAGUUGCACUGCCGAAAGCCCUGCUUGGCAAUCAGGAGUUUUGUAUGGAGGUAUUGCUGUUGGAAGUUUAAUUGUAAUAUGUGUCGUUGCAUUUAUAAUCUAUAAAAAGAAGCAUCAGGAUAGAGUUGAAGUUAUCGUAGUUCGGGAAAAUGCGCCAGCUCCAAGACCCAGACUUCCGGUUCCCCGAAUGGCAGGUCCAAGGCCUGGAAUGGCACCCAUGGCUCCUAUGUUACCAAGGGGACAAGCCCCAUUUGCAAGACCUCGAGGACCUAUGCCGCCCGGCACAGGUCCUUCAUAA